AUGGCCGAGUCCCAACAGCAGAUCCCUACGACAUCAUCGUCAGCCCCACCAGCUUCCGAAUCGCAAACCCCCGGUCUUCGCGCAUCGCGUCUGAUCCAAGUAUUCGAUCAAGCACUAGCACGCACUCUUCGCGCGAACUCAUAUUCCAACUUUGCGAGCUGUUUCCCCACGCCCGCGCGACAUGUUCCAGCCAGCUUGGAAAGUGUUUGGAGGCAGUUGAAUGGGAAAUUAGAGGAGAGUGCCAAGGCGGAGUUUGAGGAGAUUAUUGAUGAAAGAGAAGCUGUUCAGCACCUUAAUGAGCUUGAUCGGUUGGUUACAGAGGCAAGAGCUAGGAAAGAGGAUGAGGAGAAGAAUGGAAAUGAGGGUCAAUCGGGAAAUGCGCCGCAUGUACUCGAUGCGCAAUCUACGCUGAAUAAUACAAUCGAAGCUACAAACGCUCAGAACUCAGAGCUGGCGCAAACUGUGCAGGCCCAGCGAUUGCAGAUUGAGAAACUGUUGUCUCAUCUUGAAUCGGUUGUUACAGAUAUCGAGGGUGCUGCGACAGCUGCGUCUCAGUUCAGCAAAGAGCAUCAUCUUCGUCAGGAUGCUAUACAAAUGGACGAGGAAGUCAACCGAGGAUCGAACGUCUAA